AACCGUGUUUCCCCUCUGGCAUAGUUUUGCCAGUCAAUGUGUUUUGCCCUGCUUUGAUGUGCUGAAAGAGCUGUGAAUGUACCUUUCCUGCUUCGGACACUGCGCAAUUACAUGACAGGUCGUCCAACAAUGUCUACGAAAAACCGAGUUUUUGUGGUCGGAGUGGGGAUGACAAAGUUUGAGAAGCCAGGCGCCAGAGAUGAGUUUGAUUACCCCGAUAUGGCCAAGGAAGCAGGACAGAAGGCCUUGGCAGAUGCUGGAGUCCCUUACUCUGCUAUAGAGCAAGCCUGUGUGGGUUAUGUGUACGGGGACUCAACCUGUGGACAAAGGGCCAUUUACCACAGCCUGGGACUUACAGGCAUCCCUAUCAUUAAUGUCAACAACAACUGCUCCACUGGCUCCACCGCCAUCUUCAUGGCUCGCCAGCUAGUGCAGGGAGGUCUGGCCAACUGCGUUCUUGCCCUGGGGUUCGAGAAGAUGCAGAGAGGCUCCCUGACUUCUGCGUUUGAGGACAGGACGAACCCCAUGGACAAGCACUUGGAGGUGAUGAUCAACCUCCGCGGCCUGGCUGCCGCCCCGGCUGCUGCUCAAUUCUUUGGCAAUGCUGGUUCUGAGCACAUGGAGAAAUAUGGGACUAAAGCGGAGCAUUUUGCUAAAAUUGCCUGGAAGAACCAUAAACAUUCAACCAACAACCCCUACUCUCAGUUCCAAGAUGAAUACAGUCUGGAUCAGGUGCAGGAGUCUAGAAAGGUCUAUGAGUUCCUGACUCUGUUGCAGUGCUGCCCUACCUCAGAUGGUGCAGGGGCAGCGGUUCUGGCCAGCGAGAGCUUUGUGCGGAGCCACGGGCUGGAGGCGCAGGCUGUAGAGAUCCUGGCCCAGGAGAUGGUGACCGACCUGUCGUCUUCGUUCCAGGACAACAGCUGCAUAAAGGCGGUGGGAUAUGACAUGACUAAGCUGGCUGCAAGAAAGUGCUUUGAUAGAGUGGGCUUGGAGCCGGCGGACAUCGAUGUCAUCGAGCUGCACGACUGCUUCUCUGCCAAUGAGCUCAUCACUUAUGAGGCUCUUGGGCUCUGUGCUGAGGGUAAAGCGGGGGAGCUGAUUGACAGAGGCGACAACACGUACGGGGGGAAGUGGGUGGUGAACCCCAGUGGAGGCCUCAUCUCAAAAGGACACCCGCUGGGUGCCACAGGCCUGGCGCAGUGCGCGGAGCUCUGCUGGCAGCUUCGAGGGGAAGCAGGAAGUAGGCAGGUUCCGGGUGCAAAGGUCGCCUUGCAGCAUAAUAUCGGCCUUGGUGGAGCGGUGGUGGUGACUCUGUACAGAAUGGGUUUCCCACAAGCUGAAAGAUCACAGCGGGUAGAGGCUGUGCCCACCAGUGCCGUCAGUGGUCUGGAAGGGUUCAAGGCGCACGCAGUCUUUCAGGAAAUCGGAAAGAAGCUAGAGGAGGAAGGGGAGCAGUUUGUGAAGAAGAUUGGCGGCGUGUUUGCUUUUAACGUGAAGGACGGGCCGGAGGGGAAGGAAGCUCUCUGGGUGGUAGACGUGAAGAACGGCAAAGGCUCUGUUGACAACGAUGCAGAGAAGAAGGCGGACUGCACCAUCUCCAUGUCGGAUGCUGAUUUACUGGCCCUGAUGACAGGGAAAAUGAACCCACAGACGGCCUUCUUCCAGGGCAAGCUGAAGAUCACUGGGAACAUGGGCAUGGCCAUGAAGCUCCAGAACCUGCAGCUGCAGCCCGGAAAAGCGAAGCUGUGAAGGGCCGGCUGUGUCUCAGUCUCACUGGGGGGGGCCCACAGUGCAAGACCGUUCCCUCUGUCCGUCUGCUGGGAGACGGACAUAACCCCGCCCCCCACCCCCACCACCUUGUUCUAACUCAAUGCGUAAUUGGAGCAAUUCUAGGUUUGCACUGUCUUUGGAUUAUUAACGCAUCUUGAUUAAAAUGAUCCUUUAUGUAAAUGAUUAUGAAUUGUGUAAGCUCCCGGCUCUUGUUUGUUUUGGCUUCUCGAGCAGGUAGUGUCCUAACCCGAUGGAAUUCUGGUUCUGUACGAUAGAAUAUAUUAAUUAACAUUUUCGGGAUUGGGUGAAUCUUGCAAGGUUGUCCCGUCUUUUUAACUACUGCUUAAGGACCACAGUGUGUUUUUAGGACAGCUGUCAUGCUGAGGUACGUCAAAUUUUGUCAUCCCCACAGUUAUCGGCCACUGUUGCGUUGAGAGGCUUAAUAAGGCCUUCGUGAAGCAUACACAGCUUCUUACCUGGUGUUGUAUCGCUACGUCGUCUUUGCAGCACUAAUGGAUGAUGUAGGCUGAUGAGGCGUGUGUUAUUUCUCAGAAAACAAACCAUGUGUGAAUGUGAUCACUGGCAGAUAGUCAUAAUGCACUACAUGUGCUUAUAUCUGUUUAUGAAAGGUAAGUCUAUGCUCUUAAAAGCGCCAUGUUUGAUUUAAGAAGACCCAAUGUAAAAAUAAGCAUCAGUCCAUGUUCAAAUUUGUCUUUUCAAAGGACUUUGUGCCUGUGUCUGUCUUGGUGUUGUAGCCACUAUGUCUCUAGAAUGGCUACACGUUUUGCAAAUUGACCCAAAAAAUAAAUGGUUUAGAUAUAUUGUAAUAAUAAUUAAAAAAGUAAAGCGCGAGUUAAUAUCAGAAUUUUACUGAAGAAUGCAAAAAGUCCUGAUUUUACUAAAUAAAACUUUCAAUAAAGAAA